AUGCCUUUGCCACUGGCCUUGAUCUUUCCUUGCCUUGUCCUCGCCGGCCUUGAGACCUUUCAACAGCCCCUUCGAGUGUACGAAAACCAGUCCAGUUCGCCUUUUGACGCGCAGUUUGACCAAAGGGUUGAGUGGGCCCUUGAACAUUUCAGCAUUCCUGGUCUGGCUGUUGCAGUCGUUCAUGGAGACACAUUUGUAAAAAAAACUACAAAGGGCUAUGGCGUCUCGAAUACUAUCAGUUCACAGCCAGUGACAGAACAUACCCUAUUUUUCACAGGAAGCACGACCAAGGCCUUCACUUCUGCAGCCAUCUCUCUCCUUGUUGAUGAUAACAUCAAUUUUUCAGACAUCCAUUGGGAUACACCGGUCCACACUAUUAUUCCAGCGGAUUUUGUACUCAACGAUACCUGGUCUACAUCACAAAUGACAAUUAUUGACAUUCUGUCUCAUCGCUCUGGUCUACCACGCCACGACUGGGUUUGGCUUGCCGACAUAACGCUUCAAGAAGCAGUGCGAUCAAUGAGACAUCUUCCAUUUACGGCUUCUCCGCGGACAGAAUGGCAAUAUUCAAAUCUCAUGUAUCUUGUGGCGUCCCAUCUUAUCGAGACCGUGACGAAUCAAUCCUUGCAGGAGUUCUUUACCGAAAAUCUCUGGCUGCCUAUGAACAUGACAGAGACUUACCUUUCCCUCUACGAGGCUCGGAACGCACAACGAGAUAUUGCACAAGGCUACUAUGUUGGUUUGGACGGUAAAAUUGCCUCCACCGAUCAAGUAUUUUCGGAUAACAUCCGUGGAGCAGGCAACAUACUAUCGUCGGUAUCAGAUUACGCCAAGUGGAUUUCAACCAUGCUGAAACGUGGACUGCCAUUCUCUCAGACAAGUUACGAAAAUUUGUUUGGUGGCCACUCUAUAGUGUCGCCUAAUCCUCUUGAGCCGUUUCAAACCCCUACAUUUUACGGACUAGGAUGGAUGUCACAAGCGUAUAAGGGCGAGAUGAUUCUGUUCCACGAAGGGGCUCAGUUUGGGUAUGGUGCGUCCGUUAUACUCUUACCACAGCGAGACUUCGGGCUUGUGUUGCUAGGCAAUAAUAUGGAUGGGGUGAACGCGGCGGCGAACGCACUUGCUUAUCAUCUGAUUGACGAAGAAAUGGAUAUUUCCCUUGAGAGUCGAUUUGAUUGGGUUGCAAGAGGCGAUGCAAUCAUCAACGACGGAUAUCUUUCUGAAAACAUCCUAUCAGAGCUCUAUCCAAGAAUUCCCAAUCCUCCGUUGGCAAGCCCUGUCAACUUCUCUGCGUAUGAAGGUUCUUAUACGCACCCCGCUUACCCAGAGCUUAGGAUAUCCAACAAUUGCAGGAGUGAUCACGCUUACCAGAGGCUAAACCGAACAACUCCUGACCUGUGCGCCUCGCUUGCAAGAUACAGUGACUACUCGAAAAAUCUCGAGAUCGGCUUUUUCCAUGUUUCCAGUACCUAUUGGCUUCAAAUUGCAGUGAGAUGGGGCCACCCCAGUGCUGCUCGGGUGGAGUUUCGGAUUGAGCCUGAUGGCUCAGCAAGCUGGUUAGGAAUUGAGAUUGAGCCUUUGAUGGCGGAGAGGGAGGAAAAGAUAUGGUGGAAACAUUUGCUUUGA